GUUGACACUAGUGCAACCUGGUGUUAACACCUCGAAGCUAAGAUCGAAACGAAAAGUUACUUUGGCGUAUAUUAUUCCUUUUAUUAAGAGCCAAAAAAUGGCUUCACUGUGUAGAAGAAUCGUUACAUCUACAGCAAGAAAUCAUGUUCUAUCAACCAGCUAUAGAAUGGCCUCUAAAGUUACAAUGGGAGACCCUCUAGAACAUGCUACUGGAUUAGAAAAACGUGAACUGUUAGCUAAAGUAGCAGGAAAUGAUAAUCCCUUCGACAUUAAAGUAAUCAAAAGAGGACCUGGCUCCAAAGCUCAACCAAACGAAAUUCCAUCAGCCUUCGAUGCUCGUCUAGUAGGCUGUGUAUGUGAAGAGGAGUCUACAAGUAUAAAUUGGAUGUGGCUGCACAAGGGGGAGCCUAAGAGAUGUGAAUGUGGACACUGGUUUAACUUAGUACACAAGGCUCCAGUAUAAAUUUAAUUUUGUCAUAGAACUUUGAGUAAAAUAGUGCAUUAUAAUAAUAAAUUUAUUUCCUUCUUUUAUGCCCAUAUUAUUUAAUGUAAAUACUUUGGUGUUAUUAAAACUGGAGUUUUUCUCCAACUCCCAAUGAGUUAAGGCUUUUUCCUAUUAAUUUCCACUUUUUUACUCCAGUCAAUAGGCCAUUGUUUACAUAGUAAUAUUUAUAAUAUAUAUUCAUUUUAUCAGUUUUUUAAAGUAUGCCGAGUAAAAUAUAGCAAUAUAGUUGCUUGACAUAGUAUUUUCUGGAUAAUAUCAUUUGUAGGUAAAAAUAUUUGAAAGCCAAGUGAGAGAAUCACAAAUUAGUUUAAAUACAUUUCUACUGUCAUUGCCAUAAUUGAAAGUAUUUAGAACUGUAAGCUAAUUAAUGCCAUAAAAUUAUAUUUCAUAAAAUAUUGUCUUCUUCUAUUUUUGCAUACAACAAACCUUUAAAAACAUGUUUGUGACCUUUAAUAUACUUCCUAAUAGAAAUAGUAUAGCUUGAUUAAACUUUUGUUAUAAAUGCAUAAACCAUCAUCAUUAUUAUCAUCACUGACUCAACAACCCUUUGUAGGUCUUGGCCUAGUCUAUGAUUCUUCUCUAUUCUGAUCUGUUUCUUCUUUUUUUUUCUUCAAUUUUUUUUAAGAUUGUUAAAUAAUUUUCUAUUUGGUCUAUGUUUGUCAGCUUUGGUAUUCCUCUUUUCCUACUGGCACUGCUUAUUCUGUUAAGUAUUUCACUUUCCUUCAUCCCUUCCAGCCAUCCGAUUUUAAUGAAUGCUAUGAUAUCAGGAUCCUGGUAUAUUUGGUUGUAUUUUUUUCUCCAAAUUCUAUUUUCUUUUGAGCCUUUGUAUUUUGUAAAUGUGCCAUAAGAUUUUUCUUCCAAAAGCGGCUAAUAAUCUUUACUCAAUUCUAGAGAGUGUCCAAGUGACCAGACUUUUUAGGGUUAUAAUUAUUUGGCAUUUUGUUUUUCUUGUCACUUUAUCUGAUUUUAGUUGCCUAAUUAACCCUUUCAGUCACUGUGUUGUC